AGUGCAUAGUCCGAAACGGUGCAACGGGCAACAAUGUCCACAAACAGUGGCGGCAGUGCUGGUGUGCACUACCCAUCGAACGUAGCAGCCGUAUCCAACUACCACGAUAUUUACGUUCAACAGCAGCCCGGCCAGGAAGAAGUAGAUAGCACGCAUACUACCACCUCAGCACCGCCACCGUUACCACAGCCGACCGUGAUAGUGUCCGCACAGUUGGGCACACAGGCCAGAACCGACAGCAGCUCUCUCUACUACCCGUCAGCACCCCACGCACCGUACAGUGAGCUCGGCGAACCGAGCACCUCACGUCGCGGCGAACCGCCCAGCUACGAUGAAGCGGUCGAUGUGGAAGCGCCCCCACCGUCCUACGAUUCGCUGUUCGGGCGGGUGCGGGAGGCACGCAAAUCUUCCCGAGGAAUUUUGGAUUUUUUAGUAAACAUCGUUAUUCUGGUGCUGGGAACGCUCGGUUGCACCAUUGCCCUCGGCAUAACGAUCGUCAUACCGGUGUGUAUGAUCGUGUUCGGGUCCAUCUACCUGUACGAUUGUCCGCAGGGUGAAUACAUACCGGUAUAUCUGCUGGUCGGCGGUGGUUUCGGUGUGCUAAAGCAGCUCCUACAUCUCUCCACACGUGUCCGCAGCCGGGAAGAACAAGAACUGGAACGGUUGCGUCAAACGCCAACGCAGACACUCAUCAACUGCUUCAUGCUCGGAUGGUUCAUUAUCGGUUCGUUUUGGAUCUAUCAAAUCUACGAACCGAACUACGACCCGUCGCUGGGCAAGUACUGUAACAAGUCGCUGUACCUGUUCACCUUCUGGCUCAUCACGUCCGUCUACAUGAUGCUGUUUGUCGUAACGAUCGUGCUGUGCAGCGUUAGCAUUAUCAGUCUUUGCUUUCACCGGCAAACCUAACCGGUACUGGCAAACGUUUCGACGGAUACGGGCCCUGCACAGCCUCACCUGACCAAUGCGCACCACU